CGGCUGGGAUAAAAAGAGUUGGCUGGUUGCUCCCUUCCCCCUCCGCACACGCUAAUUAAGCGUGGUAAUAAUUUAUCAUGUGCUCUGCUGAUGUGAUUUAGUACAACCUGUCUUGUCAAGCCUGCUGUGGUGUUUAGGGUGUAAGUUAGUUUGCGCUAGCACGUUACAAAGACAUUUGUAAAAAGACAUUUUCUUAGAAUCCCAGAGUUUGGGUGGUUAGGAAGUCCAUGCAUUUUAACUUACACAGCUAAUGGAGCAAAUGACUUGAGUACCUCAUCUGAGGUGUGCCAGCAUCACAGUUUUUCCCUACUUAUCUGCUCAGACAGGGACAAAAUAUUGAGUAGUUAACAGUAAACAAAACUGCACAAGUGCUGAUGGACUCAGAUUUUUCAGAGAGCUGAUUAUUCUGAUACAAUUUGCCAUACUUCCUCCUCUUACUAAAAUCUGAAAUUCAGGUGCUUCUGGUCAAAGAACCAUUAUCGAUUUGAUUUACAGGGUUCAUCUUUAUUAACAACAUUAGUAUUAGGGUGAUAACUUUGUUUAAGUUGUAUGAAGUUGAACUAUUAAUUUCACUUGGUGUGAAAGAGGUCUCUUUUUGUGCAUGGUUGAACUACCCAGCUAUGGUCCACCUUAUAUGUUUCACUCACUGCUGAUAGUGUCAAGGCUGUGUUGCAAGGAAAAAACUAACGGGGGGGAAUUCCAUCUGUGCUACAUAGUGCUUUGUGAAUCCCCUCUGCUUAAAGGUCAAAAUGCUGAGGUCCAUAAAGCUCACCUUCAGGCUUCCUUCCAAUGCAAAGAUGAAAAGCAGAUACAGAAUUGACAAACUGUUUGUGCUGCAGAUCAUGCAGCAAAAGAGCCAGUGGAGGAUACAGAUCCAAGCACUCUUUCCUUAACAAUGACUGAAAAAUAUCCUGUCCAAGACACAGGAGUACCUAAAGAUGAAGAAUACCUUACAGAUCAAGUUACGUUGGAAAUUGCAUCUGUGAACAUCAAGACCCUUACACCAGAUUCUGGCCUAAUCCAACAGCCAGAAGACAAAGACACGCAAAACCAUACCAACGAAUCACUUUCAGAUCUCAAGAAAACCUGCAAGGAAAAUGUCACCUGCUCCUUGUGCUUAUUCCGUGCACCAACCAUCAGUGACAUGCUCAAUGAUGAGGACUUGUUGUACACAGUGAGGCUAAAGCUGGAUCCUUGCCACCCAACAGUGAAAAACUGGAGAAAUUUAGCAAGCAAAUGGGGGAUGACUUAUGAUGAAUUGUGUUUCCUUGAACAAAAGCCCCAGAGUCCCACCUUGGAGUUCUUGCUACGGAAUAGUGACCGGACUGUGGAGCAGCUGAUUGAUCUCUGUAAAUUUUAUAAGAGAAUUGAUGUUGUGAAAGUGCUGCUGAAAUGGGUGGAGGAGGAAUGGCCCAAGAGAGGGAACAGAACUUACCAGAAUGACUUCUAGGUCAAAGAAAGUUGUUAGUCUGUACGUGUUAAAUGCUGGGACUAGCUGCCACUAAUACAUUGGAAGUUUCCCUUGCGAGAGAGAAAAAGCCUGUACUGACAGUUUGUAUACUGUGUAAGCCUUUUCUACUGUAUACACAUAUGAAUGCUCUGUAUCCUCAGGGUUGCAAAGAUAAUCUUCCAAAAGGGUGUGGAAUCAUCCAGGCUGUGUUCUUGAGCCUACAAAUUCCUUCAGCUUCUUUGCUGCUGUUGGUAGGCUUCCUAAGCAGAAGAGGAAUGAAAAAGCCAGAAUGCUGGUUUUACUACAGCAGUUGUGAACCAUGUCAGCUGUGUUCUGUUGCUAUUGGGAAAGCCACAAUUAGAAGGCAAGUCUCUUGGCCUUACUGGCAACCCUUCCACAGUUUUGUCUCUUCUACCUAGUAGAAGAUGAGGUGUAUUUUUUUUCAUUUUUUGUUUUUUUUUAAGCUUUGUGACUCUGUUUUUGGCACAGGAACACCUUAGCGUUCCAAGCAGCAAUUUGGAUUUGCAUGUUACAAUUAAUUCAAUGUUUCAACAUCACAUUUGAGCAAGUUAAGCUUUAAGUCUCUUUUAUAAACAAGAAUAUAUUUGCCUUAUGAAGAAAUCAUGCAAUUCAGAGAGACUUUCCAACCCAUAAUCUCUAGGGGGUCAAAAAAAACUAAUUAAAAUGCUCUAUACUUAAAAUUAUUUUCCAAAGUUUUGAAGACAGUGUAUACUCUGAGUGUAGGAAUCAAAUGCCUCUCACUUUCCAGUGUGAGAGGCUGUGUAAACCUUAUCACUCACAGGGUAUCGUUAGUAUUGACUAUAACUUCCCUUUUCACAGGCUGUGGUUUUCUUCACAGUCCUGUGGGUUGACCUACUUUCUGCCCCACACCAAGGUAGUUGCACACCUGUGUGAAACUAGCACUGUGUAUUGAUUAGAGCCACUCUAAUGGAAAAUUACCCAGUGAAUUCACCUACAGUCCUGGUGGAUGGUUAUUGAAGCACUUACAAGUGGUUUAGACUGAUGUUUUUCAAAGGAUUUUGAUACUCUGAAUUACACUGUUUACAAUGUAAGUAUUUCAGAAAUUGGUCUUUUUCCUACCAUUCUUCUGACAUCUCAGACAAUACUAGUAUGUACAUAGGUGUAUAUACCAAAGCACUGGUGAAUAGUAUGUCAAGACAUGGGGUAAAACUAGAAUGGGUUGCAGGUUGAUACGCUGUUUACUUUUCUCUAGUAGAAAUAAUAAGAAUUAGUAGCAAAGCUGAGGAAAGUCUAAUGCUGUAUACUGACUUUCUUAUUGUAAGAGAAUGAAAAAGAACCUCUAGUAAUACUUUACUACAGAUGCUGAGUGAUAUGGUUACAGAGGGGCUGGAAGUAAAGAUGAACAUUUUCAGUGUCAGGCACUAGUUCUGGGGUGGCAUAAAUUAAGUUUAUUUUAGUGACUUCAAGAAGCUGAAAAUCUUGUUUCAAGGUGAAAAGAGUGACCUAAAUUUGAGGUUUGAAUUUUUUAUUUUUUUAGAAAAGACUGCAAUUUUUAAUAACUUUUUUUUAAUGAUUCCUCAAAAAAGCUGCAACUGUUUAGAACUCUUUAGUUUUCUAUCUGUAUUUUAAGGAGGAAGUUGUACUGCUGUGUCUUGUUGGGGCUGCAGUUCAGAUAUUUUGCGUUCCUCUUCCAGGUACUGGGGUUUCCUGAUAGAUAUCUGUCAACUCUAACUUUUGCAAAUAAUCUUCUGUCCUAAGUUAAUGCUCCAGAUUCAGCUUUGAGGACUAUUGUUGUGGGUGGGCUCUUUGCUAUUUUCAGUUCCUACAGAGGUGUCCACUGCCUAUGCGCAAACAGCUCAUAAUGCAGCUUGUCCAACAAAAUCCCCAUACCCUGGGCCAACUGCACGCAUGAUUUAGGAUUGUAUGUCUGUGUGUUAAGUUUUUCUUCUGAGUGAUGAGUGCUGGCAUGUAUGCCAAAGGCUCUUCCCUCCCAUAACUUACCACAGCUAUAUGUGCGUGGUAUUAUAAUAUGCUUUGCUUUGGUAGAUCCAGUCCAGCAAGGAGCUGGAACCCUCACCUAAGACUCAGAAUGGGAAUACAAAAUGAUGCAGCAGCAUUCCUGAAUCAAUGUGUUCAACUGAAAUCUACCCCUCUUCCCGUUUCCUGGCUAAAACUUGUAAAAUUUUUAAGAAAUGCUGAUGUCUUCUGGAGAUGAGUUCUGAUCCCUCAAAGCUCUUGAAAACUCAAAUGUCAGCUGCAAGGAUUCAUGUCUAAUGGAAAUAAAGCUGCUUCUGAGAGUACAUAUGUGGAUUCUGCGUAAAUUGAGCUCUGAAGGUUGAAAAUAUUAGCCUUAAACUUCACCACACACUGGAUUAUUUGUUAGUAUACUUGAAAUACUUUUCUUCCUCUUUGUAUGUCGUAAAUGGAGAUGUACACACUUUUUUUUUAGUUUUAUAUCUUUUUACAAGAUAUUGGGUCUGAGUGUUCAGUUUAUUCUUAUAUCUUCUGUUAUAAUGUAUACUAUUUUUAAAGAAAUAUAGAUUGUCAAUGUUUUACUUUA